AUGGCUUUUUCACAAAAUCAAGAUUUGGAAGGAGCCCUACCAACAACCAACCCACCGUCAACAGGAAUAUUCUCUGGCAAUCAAAAUGGUCAAAACAUGAAUAUUGAUCCACCACCACCACCGAUGAGCCAUAAUUGCAUAAGGAAUAACAGGACGUAUGGAAUUAACCAACACACUCAAUCAGCAAACACUUCAAGCGGAAAUCGACCUGGACCAGGAGGAAACCUUGGAAAUGGAACUUACGGCAUACCCGCGGAAAGUGAAGAACCUCAAGAAAUGGACGAACCCAGGCCGAGACCUGCGGUUAUUAUCAAGGAAGCGGACCUCAAGUACGAUGGCGAAAACUUUGAGGAUUUUUUGGACAGAUUCGAACUAGCAGCAGAAAUAUACGGUGCUGGCAGCUUUGAUAAAGCACGUCAGGUGUGUAGAUUUGUGAAAAGUGAAGAAUUGAAAAAGGAAUUAGAGUCAAUGGAUGGCUAUGAUACCUGCAACUGGACAAUCUUGCGAGCUAGCAUGAUGGAACUCUGGGGAGGGGUAAUUAAGAAAAUCCGUUACACACUCAAAGACCUUUAUAAUUUAAUUGAUUUCUGCCAGAAGAAAGGCGGGGUCAAAACAAUUAAUGACUUUAAAACUUAUCAGUCAAAGUUCAUGAUGAUAACAAAGUAUUUAGUCAGAAACGAACAUAUUAAUAACGAGACCAGUGUCUCUCACCUAUUUUUCUUAGCAUUCUCAGUAGACAUACAAACCAGCAUUAACAGAGAAUUGGUCAAAGCAGACCUCAUACCCACUGGAAAGGAUGGUUAUAAUAAACCCCCUCUUUUGGCAGAUGUUAUUGAUGUGGCCGAAGAUGAAAUCCGAGCUAGAUCCAUAAAUGCAUUUGCUGCAAGUGGUUUUGCUGAAGCCAAUCACAUGAUGCAGAGGAGUCUGGAUCAGAAGAAAGGUGAUGGCAAAAAGCGUGAGAAGAUGGUAGAGGAAAAUCCUCCCGAAAUGCUGCAAAAACAGUUUGAUAACUUGGCAAAAGCCAUUGAAACACUUACUGGAAAAUUGGAAAAUCAACCAACUACAGAAUAUUCCCGUGGAAACGAACGACCAACUGGACAACUUUAUGAUCCCCGGCCCUGUGCCUACUGUCAUAGGGAAGGACAUUCAACUUACACCUGUUAUGAGGCUCAAAAGGAUGAAAAAGAAGGAAUAGUCAAGCGGGAUGGGCGUGACUUCUGUCUUCCAAAUGGCGACAAAAUCCCAUGGAAUCCUUCCAGACCAAUUCGAACUGUAGUAGCAACCAAUGCUGCUAAACCAAAACCUCAGAUCAACUCAGUUUUCAGGAUUAAUUACCCUACUUCAUCAGAAGUCAGAAGAGAAAAUCAGGAAGAAAUUGAAUAUAUAACUUCUUUCCACAAAAUUGAAUGGGAACCACCUCGAGUAGGAUCCUCCAGUGCUAAGAAAAUAAAACUUGAAUCUAAUGCAGCAACAACUCGAGCAGAAGCGCUCUGUGGACGGCGCAAACCUCCAGCCGAAAAGGACAACUCAGCAAUGGACGUAGAUCAAACCGAUGAACUUGAAGAAAUCAUACAAGACAUUCCAGCCACUCGGAAAACGCCAGGACAAAUCUCGGACCCUCAAGGAAAAUCAUCGGCGCAAAAAGGAGACAGGACAGCAGAAUCAGCACUGCUAUCAGAAUUGGACAACUUAAAAAUACCAACUACUUUUUCACAACUCACGUCAAUUUCACCAACAUAUGCUCAAGAGGUUAUCAAGAAACUCCAGAAACGACUCCCGGAACAUCAAAAUUCAAAAUUAACCUAUGUAAAAGAAAACACACUAGCCCCAAAGGUAUCAGCAUCAAUGAUUCUCAACAUGAAUGAAGAGGAUCGGGAGUAUAAUUGCUUCUACAGUUGUGCUCUAGGAUACAUUGACACUCAUAUAUAUGGAAGAAAGGUACAAUUUAUGAUUGACUCAGGUUCCAUGGUCAAUGUAAUUCCUAAGCAAGCUGCUAUUGAUCUUGACUUAGAAUUUGUUGAGGACCAGUACACCUGUUUGUCUCUCCACAAGCGCAAGACUGCAUCCUUGGAAGACCUUUCUUAUUUGAUUAUGAUUGCACACUCAAUUAUCCCGGAACUGGCGAGUUACUAUCUUUUCAAGGUGAUAGCAGACGGCGUAUAA